CUUUUUUAAUGCCACCUUUCCUUUUUUGUCAAAGAAAAAAAAUCAGACGCUUGCAAAAUUUGUUCUGUGCUAAGAUCGAAGUAAAUUGUUUAUGUGUAUUGUUCUGCGCUAGAUAAAUAAAUAAACCGAACCCCUCUGUGAUUCAGCGGCUUGGGGAACCUAAGCGGGACAUUGGAAGCGCACACCUGCAGCUGCGGAAACAAAAAUUGUGAUUUUUUUUUUUGUUCGAAUUGAGACGAGACUCUGUGCAGUUUGGUUCAGUAGAGAGCAGCUAUUUGCCACGAAUAUGUCUACGCGUCAAGUGAUCUCGUGGCGCAUCUACGUCUAUGCCAAUUCUUUGUACUCGCUGCCACCAAGGGAGAAGCGCAGCUUCCGCGAGUGGAGCCCGCAGGCGCUCAGAAACGAUCCAUGUGCGAUUCAUCGCAUCAUGGACUGGGUGAACCGCGAUGCCUCGGUGCUCGUACGCAGCUCCGAGGAGGAGAUGGUCAAAGCUUACGAGACGGUGCAAGAUAUGCUGUCGCAUGUCAAUAUGCGCAGCGUCGAGUUCCAGAACACGCUGUUUAGCUUUUUCGGGGAAAAGACAAAUCACUUUAUCCACGAGCUGAUCAACUUUUCGCGCUCGCCGUACGACGAUCCGAUCGCCUACGAGUUGAACGUUCAGUACCGCGCUGUGCUCAAUGUGUUUGAUGACGAUGUAGAUAUGCCGUGCACAUCGGCGGAGGCUCUGAAAAAGCAGCAGGCAAAUGCAGAGCUGCACAACUUUGUGCAGUUUGCCAGUCGCAUGGAUAACGAUGAUUGCAUCAGCUUCGACGCGGACAUGGAGCUCGAGGUGGAGGAUACCUGCGCUAUAGACGAGUUGAUUAUGAGCAGCCCAUACACUACCGGGCUGAGGGGCCUUGCGGAAGCUGUGACUGCAGGAUAUGCCGGGGUUCCAGAACAACAGCCGCCGCAACAGCAGCAGGCGCCACCACAGCAGCAGCCGCCGCCACAGAUGCAGCAGCAACAGCAGGAACAGGCUCGUCAAGGAAGUUCGUAUGUGGAUCCAGCUUUGCAGGAGGCCAUCGCAAGGAGCAUGAUGGAUUUGGGCGUUGUUAAUCGUCAGCGUAUACGGAUGCAGCGCAGAUUCUUAAUGAACACCGGGGAUCCGAUUGUCCCUUCUACAGGACCGUCGGCAUCGGGAGCAAACUCAGCCUUGAUGGCAGUUCGGGCUCACAUUGAAGCUCGUAGGGCUUUGGCUGCCACUCGUAAUUCAACGGGUCCUCAUAGACGCCGGCGCAGAAAUGGCCUCAACCUGGACCACGCUUUUAACACUUAUGGUGGUCCCCCACUCUAGGUUCGGACGGGACAAUCCCGUUCUCUUAAGAUAUAAUUACAUUUCAUAAUCUCUUUGGAUUCUUUCAUACAACACAUACUUACAUUAUUCACAAUAACCCAGCACACAAUGAGCCCAACGAACUCCUAAUCAUUAAUGCGCGCACAAAGGGUUCGAAUGGCAUCAAAAAUUGAUAACGUCCUUCCGAAUGGCAACUGUAACGAUGACGGUAUUGGAUAACUGAUAAAACGGAUUGCCCAUCAAUAAAAAAGGACGGCCCCGUCGAAAACGGUGUGCCAAAUAUGCCUAUAAACGCAUAUUUUGUGCUUUUCCAAAUGGAACACGGUCCUUUGUCUUAAUUUUUCGAGAAUAAAAAGGUAGCCCUGCCACACUACGCCCCACCCCAUUCCGGCUCCAUCCCUUGUCACACGGCGUCAAGUGCGGGUACCGGCUGGUUGGCAGCGCAUGAAAAAUUGAAUUACACGCACUUUUGCGCAUAAACGAGAGCAGAAAUAAAAAAAUUUGAAAAAAAUAAAAAUAAGCAGCAAUGCCAAUCGGUGGUCCAAUGUUCAAAUACCCUUUUUGUACUGACACCCACUUAGCUUAAUCCAAUCCUAAUGAAAUGUGAAGGGAUUACUUACAGAAGACAUUGUACUUAUAUUUGAAGCAAAACAUUGUAAACGAACCCAUAGAAGCUUGGAACACAGCUAAAAAAAGAAGAACAAAUUAUUGUAAUUUUACGAACAAUUAUAAACAAUUAUAGCAAAAUGAACUGAAGCAAGUGAAGUUUUUAGUUUAUUUGCAAAGAGAAGAAAAUUAAGUGAAUGAAUCAUGGACAGAGCAUCAGCAUACAAUUAAAUGCAUUUAAUUUUCGUUUAUAAUUCCCUGAAAUCUGAGAAUAAUUUAAAAUUUGCUAAGCUGCAAUAAUUAUGUACUAUGAUUAUAAUUUAAUGCUGUUAAAAGCUGUAUCUAUAAUAUACUUACGCAAGUUAUUAAAUACAAAGUUUG